AUGGGAUGGCGCCAGGUGUACAGAAUAGCUCCCCAAGGAUAUGACCUGAUUUCUGUCCAUGUCAUCACUCGACACGGUGACCGAUCGCCAAUGUACACGUUCAACCGUCACCCUAACCCCCGUCUCAGCUGCCAGUUUGACCCUCAGGAGGUGAUGAAGGACGCCAAACUCGCCGCUUACGUCACGACGAUGCGAGGCUGGGAGGGUCGUCAACGAGAGGACAGUGGUUUCAUGAGCUGGGCUCUGUAUCCUGGGAGGAAGGUUUGUGACAGCUCUCAACUCAGUGCUGUUGGUGCGAAACAGUUGCUGAAUAUCGGGUACUUGAUGCACGAACGUUACGUCCAAAAAUGGCGCCUGUUCGGACCAAACUUUCGUGCAGAUCAAGUACUACCUCGCAGCACGGAAUAUUCUCGAACAUACCAGAGCGCCAUUGCGUUUCUCUACGCCUUCCUACCGCGCUUUAACCUCACAGAAAUGCACGUGAAACGAGUUUCAAACCUGUUCUUCUGUUCCGAGCAAACGCUCGCAGCUCCUUGCACGUGUCCAGUGCUGCGGAGUCUGAAGAAGCAAGCGGAUGCGCAGGCAAGCUCUGCUGUAAGGAACAGUACCGGGUAUGACACUUUAAUCAAUGCAAUGGCGAAUAUUUAUGACAUGCCAGUGAGUCGACUACCCAGGCUGUGGGCAAUGAUGGACGUAUUUCUGUCCCACACAUGUAACUCUCUCCCUUUACCCUGUAAUAAGCAAGGGAAGUGCAUUACGCAAAGAAUGGUAACCGAACUUUGGGGACACGUCACAAAUUAUACCAAAUAUCUCAUUACGGAUGAAAAUUAUCGGAAAUAUGCCAGUUUAGCUUUACAUCCAUUCCUAACUGAAAUCUCGGAACAGAUGCAGGAUGCAGCUAAUGGUGUCAUCAAUACGAAAUUCCAUCUCUUGUCUGGACAUGAUGCGACCUUGGUACCACUAACUGUUGUUUUUGGUGCUGGCGGAGGGACGUGGCCGCGUUACGCAGCUAGGAUUGUGCUAGAACUAUAUUCUCGGAAGGAUACAUCUGAACAUUACAUCCGGGUGCUUCAUGAUGGUAAAGAUGUCACUCGCGAAGUAAUUUUUUGUCAUGGACAUACUCAUGAUGGAAUGUGCCCUUUGAAACAGUUCGUUGACUUUGUGCUGCGAUAUAAUUUAAGACACUUUGAUGAGACCGAUUAUAUAAAUCUGUGCUACAGCCCAUCAUAAUCACAACAAAUCAGCGGACCUGAAAACAGUAUUUUAUGGACGUUCGUUUCCAUGUAUUACACAAUGAUGACGUAAACGCCCUAACCACCGAGGAUGAUAUACAUGACUGUGGAAUGGAAAUAAGGUGUUUGAAAUAGACGAAGGGUUGAAAUGAGCAUCACUGUAAUUUUUUAAAAGUUUGCUUUAACGCCGCUUUGAACAGUAAUCCAGUGAUAUCACGGCAUGUCAGCUUGAUGUGGGAGGACAACCCGAAGUGAUGCAGGUCUUUCACUUUUUUUAAAACUCACGAGCACAGGUAUGGUGCUGGCAAACCUAGACACAUUAUCCGGGCGAACCGGCGUCCGUGUCCACAAGCAGGGGUUCCUGGCGUGCCCAAGGGACGCGACUCGGCAGGAUAGUCCUCUGACACUCAUAAAGAUACGUACUACAUACAGUAUGUGUAUGUUGGUAUCCAUAUGCGAUAUGCAAAGUUUAGUGUGAUAUAGACAUGCACAUUGUAUUACAAGAACGUUUCUUCCAGCUUAUCAGGAUGUACACCUAUUCUGGUAUUGACAGUUGCUAUUGUUUGUUUGUUUGUUUGUUGUUAACGCCGCACUCAGCAAUAUUCCAGCUUUAUGACGGCGGUCUGUAAGUAAUCGAAUCUUGACCACACAAUCCAGUGAUUCAUAUCAUGAGCA